GCGGCGGCACGCGAGCUGUUACUCAUUAUAUUUUCAUUAUUGUUUCCCACGGCGGAUUUGUGUCGGCAUUGAGCCCCGACGGCGACGACGUUCGUGCGUACAAGUCCCGCGGUCGUUCCCGACGUCAUUCGCGAGCGGCUGAAAAUCAAGUGGGGCCGUGCGACGUGGUCCGUUCAGUCUCGACUUUCAGUCGGCUAUGUGCGCGGCGCGCUGACGGUCGGUCUCCUAUGCGUCGCUGUCACGUCUUUUUCCCCUCAAUAAACGCUCUACACACUGCAUCAGUAUUAGCCGGGGGCACGCGUUUACGUUUUGCGUCCGGUUUGGAUAUUUGUGUAGUUUCGCUGCCGUCCCGUUGAAAGGCUAUCCGGCCACGACGACGACCGAUACGGACGGCAGCGGUAGUAGUAGCGGUAAUACAUCGUCGUCGCUGUUGGCGCUGCGAGUGUUGCCGUCCGAAGUUCGUCUGCUCAACACCGCCGACGCCCGUAACCAGCACCACCAACAACACCGCCGCCGACGACAUCAGUUACGGCCGUUACCGCUGGUCUGUCGCCGCCGUUUGAUGCCCAGACCCGUGUUUCCCGUUGUCCGGCUGCCGUACGACCAACCGGACCGGGUGGCCCGCGUAUUGGACGCAGUCAGACACGAGUUGAAAGCCUCUCGACGGCAAUCGGCAAUUAUCACUGCCGUCGCCGUCGCACCGACGACGACCGCCGCGACUACAGUACCGGCCGUACCAUCGAGGCGGUCGAGUCCUACGAUGACGGCCCGAGUACACCAGCAAGCCCGGGAACCCGAAAAGAUAUUGGUCGACGAACCAACAGGCACGUCCACCAACGUGUACACCGACCAGACCGUCGUCGAUCAGGUGACCGUGGGCGUACGAGAAUGCACUCUGACGCCCAAAGUCAAACCCGAAAUCCUUGUAACCGCCGGCGUUUUACCGGCCGGGAACGUGUACCUCGAUAACCAGGGUGCGGCAACAUCCCCCGGUAGCGGUCCGUACUUGCUCGUGCCACCCGUUAACAUCACCGCCGAGAUAUGUAGACCGCCACUGACACCACAGUAUACAUCAUAAAUUACCUCUAUAUAAUAUUAUUAUACACACCUAUCUAUUGUAUUCCAAUAUAAUAUCAUUCAUUAAAUAUUUGUUUAUUGAAUCAAUGAUAUUAUUAUUUAAUUAUUAUGUAAAACUAUAUUGUCUUGAGCGCAAAUAAGGGUUGUUGGGGGGCCCAACUACCCAGAAAUUAAUGACUUCAAUAUAAGAUGAUAUAUUGGAAUAUAUCAUGAAGUAAAGAAGAGCAUAAAACCAACAAAAAAAGGUUAUCAGCCUCCCCCACCCCCCAAACACUGUUUGCGCCUACAAUGCCUAUCAUUAUAAUAUUGUUAUUGUUUAUUAAAUACGUUUAUGUAAUAAUAAUUAAUUGAUAAUUAUGUAAUAUUUUAUUUUAUUAUAAUUAAUACUUCGUAUGUAUUAUCUACUAAAAAGUAUUAUUAUUUUACACCUGCAAGUUGCAGGAAUGUUGAACCUGUAGCACAUACACGCAAUUUUUGUUUGGCAAGUGGUGGGAAACGAAAAUAUAUGAAAAUAAAAUAAAACAUAUGUAUAUAUAUAGCUGUUAACAUGAUAAAUCGGGUAGUAUGUAUAAUAAUCAAUUAUUUUGUAGUAAAAAUCAUUUUCAUGAUGUCAAAUUGACUGGGUAGUUAUUUUGCACAAUAUCCAACUGAAACCGCUAAUAUGAUACGUUUCGUACAAUUUAACAUUUUAACCAGUUAUUAUACGUCAUAAUUUGUUAAAAUGAUAAAUUGUAGACAAUUAUCACUUUCACCUGGGUGACUGGUUAUUAUGCAUAAUCAUCAGUUUGUAUAACUGAUAGGAAAAUCGUAAACAAUUUAUAAUACUAAUCAAACAUUUUAAUUUAUAUACAUACUAUAAAAAUGUAUUAGGUAAAUUAACAGUAGUACAUACAUAAAAAUAAAUUUAUUAACAUAAUAUUUACUCGUAUUAUGAAAAUGCCAGUUUAUUUCAAGUCUUUUGUGUAUCAUUGUCACAUAAUAUUCUUCUUGUACAGCUAGUGUAAUAAGUGGGAAAUUGAGAAGGCAGACCAUAUGUGUACGCAUGUAUAAAUAUUAGGUACCUAGUUUAUAGUUUACAAUAAUUUUUAUAUUAUAUUGUAUGUAACGAUAAAUCGUUGCAAUCGAAAAACGAUUCUAAGCAGUUCGAUUAAACAUUUUUUGAUAAAUUGAAAUUGAAAAUUGUAUUCAUUUGUAACUACAUAUGUGCUGGGUGUAGACUGAAUAUUACCUAUUAUUAGAUUUUAUACUAAAUUGUACUUUUUGUUAUAUGAUCAUUAUAUAUACGCGAGGAAGGUGAAACCUACUUUAUAAAUGGGGCAUGGCCGAUUCAACACUGCGAACGUGAUGAAACAGUCAAUCA